CCUCUCUAUAUAUAACUUCUAUCAGGCCUCAACUUCCUCACUGCAAAAUCUCAACUCCCAUCUUCACUCUCUCUCUCUCUCUCUCACCAGUAUUUACCCUUUUUCAACCGACGACAAUGGCGGUGAUGGAUUUGGUUGGUCAAAGGCCCCUGGUGAUCUUCAGCAAAAGCAAUUGUUGCAUCUGCUACUCCGUUACGCAACUGUUCUACGGUUUCGGUGCAAAUCCUGUGAUUUACGAGCUUGACCAGCUUCAAAACGGGAAGCAACUGGAGAGGGAGCUGGUGGCAUUGGGGCGGCAGCCGAGUGUACCGGCCGUGUUCAUAGGGGGUAAGUUGGUUGGUGGUUCAAAUGAGAUCAUGAGCCUCCAAGUCAGGGGGGAGCUGAAGAGCGAACUCUUGAGGGCCAGGGCUAUUCAUCUCUGGAAUUAAUGAAAGGAGGGAAGAUAAAUUAAUUCCAAGCUUCAAUCAAUAAAGAAUAAUUCCCAUAUAUAUUAUUAUUGCCAUAUGAGCCUUUUUGUUAUGGGAGAGGUAAUUUGAUGAGUACGCGUGUUCUCUGAUAUAUGUAUUUUUCUUUUCCUUUUCUGCCUUCUAAAUAAUAUCCUACUUAAAGUAA